AUUAUCUAAACGGAUCAAAAUGCAAGCUGAGUUUGAUCUCUUUCAUCACCACACACACUUUGUGUGACGUUUCCAUUAUGUCUGAUCAGAUGUAUUAAUAUUUUGACACACCAACAACUAAAAAUUAUAGGAGCUGAGAUUUACUGGAAUCAUUUUAAGAAGAGAAGAAACAUUGACUCACCCUCCUGGAAAGGAAUUUGAAGUGAUAAAGCACCAUGGAUCUCACCUAUAUUCCAGAAGACUUAUCCAGUUGUCCCAAAUUUGGAAAUAAAUCCUGUCCUCCCACCAACCGCCCUUUUCAUGUGCGGGUGAUAAUGUAUUUGGUUAUGACUGGAGCCAUGAUUAUCACUAUUUUUGGAAAUCUGGUCAUAAUGAUUUCCAUAUCGCAUUUCAAACAGCUUCAUUCUCCCACAAACUUCCUGAUCCUCUCCAUGGCAACCACGGACUUUCUGCUGGGUUUUGUCAUUAUGCCAUACAGCAUGGUGCGCUCAGUGGAGAGCUGCUGGUAUUUCGGGGAUGGCUUUUGUAAAUUCCAUGCAAGCUUUGACAUGAUGCUGAGCCUGACCUCCAUCUUCCACCUCUGCUCCAUUGCUAUUGACAGAUUUUAUGCGGUGUGUUACCCUUUGCACUACACGACCACAAUGACGACCUCCACAAUAAAGCGACUGCUGGCAUUUUGCUGGUCGGCCCCAGCUCUUUUUUCUUUCGGUUUAGUUCUAUCCGAGGCCAAUGUUUCUGGCAUGCAGAGCUAUGAGAUACUUGUGGCUUGCUUCAAUUUCUGUGCACUUACCUUCAACAAAUUUUGGGGGACAAUAUUGUUCACUACAUGUUUCUUUACUCCAGGCUCCAUCAUGGUUGGUAUUUAUGGUAAGAUCUUUAUUGUUUCCAAACGACAUGCUAGAGUAAUCAGUAAUAUGCCUGAAAACACACAGGGGGAAGAGAAAAAAAAUCUUUCUAAGAAAAAGGACAGGAAAGCAGCUAAGACUCUGGGUAUAGUAAUGGGGGUAUUUCUGGCUUGCUGGUUGCCUUGUUUUCUUGCUGUUUUGAUCGACCCAUAUUUAGGCUAUUCCACUCCCAUAAUAAUACUUGAUCUUUUAGUGUGGCUUGGAUACUUCAACUCUACUUGCAACCCUCUUAUUCAUGGCUUUUUUUAUCCAUGGUUUCGGAAAGCUCUCAAGUACAUAGUGUCAGGAAAAAUAUUUAGCUCUCGUUCAGAAACUGCAAAUCUAUUUCCUGAAGCACAUUAAUAAAAAGCCUUUAUGAAAAUGA